GAAUUUUCUUUGUAUUGACAUGGAACUAGUUACCAAUUAAAAUGCCAAAGGAGGAGUACCAAAAAAAUGUUAAAACAAAAAGAAGGAAAUGAAGUAACACAGAAAACUCUCACAUCCGCAGAAUAAAUGUCGGAAACAAGAAACCCUUAAGACAACACAUAUCUCUCUUCAAAAUAAAACCCUAAAAUUAACAUUCUUCAACUUUUAGUCUCUCUUUUUUCUCCUAUCUUUCCCAUCUCCUUGCAACAAAGAAAGCUAAAAUCACCCUCCCUUCUCUUUCUCUUUGGCUUUCCUCAAGGCCAAACUCUUCAACAAAAAUAUAUUGUUUUAACACAACAUAUACCUAAGAAGAGAGGAGGAAAUAUGGGAGGGUGUACAAGCAAGCCUAAGGUGUUGAAGGAUGAUGCAACAGCAACAGCAGCAGCUGAGGCUCCUGCGCCGGUGCCGGAAACCGUGGAGGAGAAGAAAGAGGAGAUUGUGACUGGGAAUGAUGCUACUGACGUAGUACUCGAAGAGGAGGGAAAGAAGGAGGAGGUUGGGACAGGGACGACGAUGACGGUAACUCCUCCUCCAACGGUGGAGGAGAAGGAGGAAGCUGAGGCGGCGACGGUGGCUCCUCCUCCUCCACCGGUGGAGGAGAAAAAGGAGGUUCAGAUUGAGGCUGUUGCUAGUUCUAACCUAAAUCCGGAGGUCCAAUUGGCGACGGAUGAAAAGAUGGUGGUUAUCGAUGAGGUAACCGAUCAAGUCAAGGAGAUAAAUGAAGACGGGAAAGGUUCAACACAAAGUGACACUACGACAGCUGCACCAAAUCCACCUGAAAAGAUAAACGAAGAUGAAAUGGCAAAAUCAGAAACUGUUCCGACAACUUCUCCGGCAACAAACGAAACUGAAAAGGUAAAUCCGGCUCCGGUGGAAGAGAAAAACGUCGAAACAUCGGAAAAGAAACCCGAGGAGCAAGUUGAGAUGCCGGAGGAGGAGAAGAAAUUACAAGAAACAGCAAAACCGCAGCCUGAGAAUAAUCCCAUUGCUUCUUUCUUCUCUUCCUUGAUGGGUCAAAAACGCUAAUGUGAGCUGAUCAUAUAUGCAUGUGUUGGAAUUCUUCAUUGUCAAAAUUCGUUCUUUCUUGAUUUGAUGUUUUUCAUGAUUUUUUAGUACAUUGAACAAAUGGUGAAAUUUUGAUGCAAGUACAGUCGCUUUGGUAUAACCUUGCUAGCCUGACUGUAUACAUUUGUCCAUAUUAUAUAUUUAUAUACCAACAAUGUUAGCGAUUUCGUCAUAGUGGUUGUUACAAGUGAAUAACAUAAUAUCACUUACAUAUGCUUGGUACGUUGUGCAUUUGUCAUUAUUAGAUCGAUAACCGAUGAGUAAAGCGAUAUCAUUUACCGUAAAAAUGUACCGUGUCAAAAUCACUAUUUUUUUUAAGAAUCUUACUACCUCUCUCUCAGUACAUUAGGGGCGAAAACACCUCAAGUGUGUGUUUCUUCGGCUAAAGAUUUCUUCGACAAAUUGAUGUCCUCUAUGACAAAGAAAUCAAGGAAGAAGAGGGAAUCGGGUGAAAAGAAGGAGAAGGAGUAAGAUCUGGUUGUGAAUUGAAGUGUGGAAGUAACUGCAAUGAAUGCGAAUCAGUUCCAGGUUCGUAGCCCUAAUUCUGCAUUAAAUGUGUCCAAAGAUCCUUUAAUGCAUGAAAAAAUCUGUAAUCAUCGUGUAAUUGCAAUGGGAAGUGAUUUAGAUGAUGGUGGG